AAUCUGUAUUCUAACCUUAUUAGAACUAUUAAUUAAUAAUUUUUUCGUUAUAAUCACUCUACCCUUUAAAUUAAAUUUCAAAUCAAACAAAAUCUACCAGACGUCAGAAAGAAUUGGUUGUAAUCAACUUUCGUAUUAUAGCGUUGGACUUUGGCAUUAGGCAAAAUGAUACAUACAGGUUUGUCCAGGUUCUCGAAGCUCCCCCUGAGGAACCUCACCAGGAACUUGUGCAAGAUGGCGAUGGGCGAUCAAAAGGGCGACCUCUCCGGUCUGUCUAUCGACGAUGUCAUCGUAAGAUUGGAAAAAUGGGCCCCACUGUCGUUGGCAGAACACUGGGACAACGUGGGCCUACUGAUAGAGCCCACCCAAGACAUGCCAGUCAAGAAUGUUAUGCUCACCAACGAUCUGACAGAAGACGUGGUGCAAGAAGCUGCAGAGAACGAUGCCAAUCUGGUGAUCACUUAUCAUCCCAACAUCUUUCACGGCAUGAAGAAUAUCACCAUGAGGAAUUGGAAAGAAAGAAUUGUGCUGGGUUGCAUCAAGAACAACAUUGCAGUUUUCUCACCGCAUACCUCUUGGGACAACGUUGAAGGUGGUGUCAAUGAUUGGUUGGGAGAUGCCUUUGAGUUCAGCUCAACCAAACCAAUUCAACCUAACGCCAGUAAUCCGAAAUUGGGAGCCGGUAGAUGCCUUGUUCUGAAAGACGAAAUCACCCUUUCCCAAGCUGUGGAGUCCAUCAAAAAACAUACCGGUUUGCCUCAUGUGAGGUUGGCUAUUGCCAGAGGAAGAGAUCUCGAAUCUAAAAUAAAGACUGUGGCGCUAUGUGCUGGUUCUGGGAUUUCUGUUUUGAGAGGUGUGCCAGCCGAUCUGUAUCUAACUGGGGAGAUGCUACAUCACGAUUUACUGGAAGCGUGCCAGAGUGGAACUAGUGUCAUUCUAACUAACCACAGCGAUUCUGAAAGAGGUUUUCUCAGUGAUUUUUCAGAGCACUUGGAAAAAGUGGUAUUGGACAGCAAGGUUACAGUUUUGGUUUCGAAAAAAGACAAAGAUCCUCUUAUUACCCUUUGAACAUAAUAAUUUUUUGUUUAAUGAUUUUUACAAUACAUUGUAUUUUGUCUAUUUAAUUAUUGAUGAUUUUCAAUAAAAACAUUCUUUAUUAAA